CGGAAGCAAAUAAAACAAGAACUUGUAUGGAUAAAUGAUUAAGACUUUAGUGUAAUGCACAUUUUAUAAUUAUCAACAGAAUCAUGUUUCAGUAACAUUAAAUUUACUAUUUCAUUUAUAAACUUCUCGAGAAUGACGACACCUGUCAUGUCAGAGAAUAUUAAUUAUCUUCAAGAAGCCUCCAUGAAGUAUUUAGAAGAAAUGAUACGCCUCAAAAAUAAUGAUUUGAUCAAUAACAGUGUCAAUAAUAAUGUUGUUCCGUGUGAAAGUGUCACAUAUACCAAUGUAUGUGAAUUAUCUGAUUAUCAAAGAAGCUAUUUCACAAAUCUAUCUUUAUAUUUACAAAAUACCAAUGAAAAUCUUACUCAUACUGAUAACAGCUCUGUUUGUAGGAGUGAUCAUAUAAAUCGAGAACUUCGGAUUAAUUCACCGAAGAGUUGUAAUAAUAAUAAUAAUAAUAAUAAUAAUAAUGACUCUAACAACUAUAUAUUUAACCCACAAACUAUUAAUCAUAAAACGUAUGAUCAUCAGAUUUCGUACAAUCGACUAAACCAAGAUACGAAUAAACGACUGGAUAUAUCUAAGGAACUAACCAGAAAUUUUGAUCAAUGCUGUACAGAUAGUCAUUUCAAUCAAACCCAGCCAAAUCAAUCAGCUUAUGGAAAUUUCUGUGUACAAUUACAACAGUAUUUAUUAUUAUUAUGUGAAUGGCUUAAACGUACAUCUAUUGGUACUGGUCCUACAAAUAUGACAUCAACUGUUACUACUGCUGUCGCUAAUAAUACUACUACUAAUUCAACUUAUAACUUUAACAUUAAUAAUAAAGACAGAAUGAACUGCACGUACAACUGGAUGCCUUCCGCCACAUUAUCCCCAUGUUCCUCUUGUUCAACAGUAUCCCCUAACAGUAUGACACAGUUAUCGGAUACAAAGAAUAAUCAUUCAUCGAAUAAUAUGUCUAAUAUUUCCACAUAUUCGUCACCAGUAAAACAUUCAGCAUUCUCUUCUUUUACUUCAUGUACUAGUUCAUGUGUCUGCAGUGCUUCCUCGUCUUUAUCAUCAUCUUUCCUUACAACAACACCUUCAUCAUUGAGAACUUCAAAUGAUUAUAUAAAUACAUCUCUAAUUAAUACCAGAAAUCGAGCAAAUAUAACAAAUUCCAUUCAAAAUAUAUCAACUAACCCUUCAGAAAACAAUCAUUUAUCCAAUCACAUUGAUCAUAUUGAACCAACAUUGUUUAAAACGAUAAUGAACAAUAUGGAAGAUGAAAUUACAAACUGUAAACAUCAAUAUCAACCAGAUCAGUAUACAAAAUUAACAGAUAAUUUUGCUGAAAAAAUGUACCAGAAUAUUUUAUUUUAUUACUACUAUUAUAUAAAUUAUAAUCAUUGGAAGGAUAAGAACAUCACUAAUAUUUCUAAUGUUAAUAUUAUUAAUAAUCAUAAUAGCUAUAUGAUCCCAACAGAGUUUACUGUAAUGGCAAAUGAAAAACAAAGUGAUUUACAUAAAAUAAAUAAUAAACUUCCUAGUUCAAAUGAUAUAAGUAAUAAUAAUUAUUCUAAUAAUACUAUUAACCACGAUUAUGAUAGUAGUUAUAGUGAUUAUACACAGAAAAUAAUGUUAAAUUAUAAAAAAUUAUUCGAUCAAUAUUCGAAUGAAAGAAUCAAUUCAAAUAUAUUGACAGAAAGCACUAUGACACCGACAACAAUCUCAGCACCUAAUAUACCUGUGAUAAUUAAUAAUCUAACAAUUAACAAUAAAUCAAUUACUUCAAUUAAUAAUAGUAAUGAAAAUGAUCUUGAUCAUGUUCAUGAUGAUGUUGAUAAUUAUCAUUUAUUAAAUUGUCAAUUAAAUCAAUUAGUUCAUUCAUUUACAUGUAAUUUACAGAAAUUAGCAAUGACAAACCCUAGUAAAAGUGAUCAGUGUUCCAUGAAUCCACAAAAUACUACACAUUCAUAUAAUCUUAAUCAUAUUCAACAAUAUAAACAACAUUUAACUACAGGCAAACGAUGUUAUAAAACUAAUCGUGAGAAUACAAGAUUACGAAAAGAUAAACGUUUCGACUUUAAACAUUUAGCUCAAUCAUGUAUUGAUUAUGAAGUAAAUGAUAUUCACUUAUCAAAUUCAUCGUCAAUGUAUCAAACAGAACUUUCUCGAGAGAAACAACUGAAAAGUCAAUUUUUUGACGAUAGUACUACUGACACUAAUAAUAAUAAUAAUAAUAAUAAUAAUAAUAAUCAACAUUUAGUCAGGACAGAAAAUAAUCCAAUUAAACCCAUAGAGAGAAAACAGUUCAAAGAGGAUAAAGAUGGUCAUGUCGUCGAAGUACAUUUGAAAACUGCGAAUUCAAGAUUACGUGUAAAUUAUGGUCGAUUAAUUAAUGCGAAAGAAGAUAAAUCAAAUCAUAGUGGAACACGUCGAAGAGUGCGUAAACAAUAUAUUUGUAAAUUCUGUUUACGUCAGUUUACCAAAUCGUAUAAUUUAUUAAUUCAUGAACGUACACAUACAAAUGAAAGACCAUUUCCUUGUGAUGUUUGCGGUAAAGCAUUUCGUAGACAAGACCAUUUAAGAGAUCAUAGAUUUACACAUAGUUCAAAGAAACCAUUUUUAUGUGAAAUAUGCGGUAAAGGAUUUUGUCAAUCACGUACUUUAGCAUUACAUCGUACAACACAUCAAUUAAAUCAAAAUGAUGGUAAUUUAAUUACUCAAACUAAUAACUUUCCUAAUAAUAAAAUGAGUAUUUCAAAUUACAAAUCUAAAAGUGACUACAGUCACCAACAUCAUUCUGUUUUCUCAACAUCACCAGGAGCAGUAGCAGAGACAGUAGAAAAAACAACAACAACAACAACAUUAGGGACACCAACCAAUAUCUCAGAACUAAUCAAACAUAAAUUCUAAAAUCAAUAUUAAAACAGAAUAUUUUCAUAGAUAAGAAAAAAAAUAGUGAAAUUGUUCAGAAGAUAUAACACAAUUGGAAAGAAAAAGCAUCUAGACAAAAUGAUAUUCUUUAACAUAUGUAGACAUACUUCGAGCAUACAUUUAAACAAACUUAUUUACUAAAUAAAUGAGUUGAAAUACAGAAAAGAAUUAAUAAGUAGUAUUUAUAAUAAUAAUAAUAAUAAUAACAAAAGUAUAACUUCAGAGAUAACUACUGAAUAAAUAAGACACAUGAUAUUUUUAAGAUAACUUCUUUUUCUCCACUUCUCUCUAUUUUUUUCUCUACUUCCUGUUUAAAAACUUUUGUAAUCAACAAGUACACUUUGUUGGUUACGAUCAUCAUGAUCAUGAUCAUCAUCAUUAUCAUCAUCAUCAUCUUAGUUUGAUCAUUACUAAUAAUCAGACAGCUUCUUUUUGUUUAAAAAAUAAAUAAGAAUAUGUAUUUAUUUCUAUCUUGUACACACACAAUUCGUUCAAUUUGAAGAUAUUUGCCUUCUAAAAACUAUG